AUGGGAACCAUCGGCAUCCCAGUCAAGCUCAUUCACGAGGCUGUUGGCCAUGUCAUCACUGUCGAGCUCAAGGGCGGAGCUGCAUAUCGAGGCACCCUCUAUGAUGCCGAGGACAACUUCAACAUUGCCAUGAAGGAUAUUACAGUGACAGCACCGGAUGGCAAGCAAUCACAUCUCGAAAACGUCUACAUCCGAGGCAACAUGCUGCGCUUCAUCAUUGUACCGGACAUGCUCCAACAGGCGCCUAUGUUCAAACGCAUCGGUCCAAAUGCGAUGAAAGGCCGUGGUAUCGGCAGUGCACGCGGUCGCGCAACAGUGCUUAGAGCACAAGCACGACGCGGACGAGGCGGAUCAUCGAAUACAAGCAGCGGUGGCGCUUCUGGCUCUCGACCACCCAUUCGCAGAUAA